UAAAGCUUGCGGCCUGUCCUAUAGUUCCGCGGUGCAACCUUUGUCGUGCCUUAACGCGAACUCGGUAAGUUACGAGCGAUACAGGAGACGGGGGAAAGGAGGGUCGGUGUGUGAGCCAUACAUCGAUCUCGCUUUUCACGCCACAGAAGCCGAAGCGCCCAAUCUAACGACAACCAAAGCCCCCUCCGAAGCUCUUCUUGUCGCCCAUGGCGAGCACGAGCAUCCCACGGGCCCGCCCUUACGCCAGCGGGCCGGCGGCUUUUUCGCCGCCCCUUCUUGUCGCCCGCCGCGUAGCCGCUCCGGUCCGGGCCUUCCGGCGGAAUGACCUCGACAGGUUCGCGAGGCGCGUCGCAUCCGGCGAGGCCCUGCGGGACGCUUGGCGGAGCGCCAACAACGGGAUCGAGCAGCUCGCCUUCGAGGCCCGCCGCGCCGCCGAACGCCUCGACCGCCGCUACUCCCUCUCCCGUCGAUUCGACUCCGCCUCCCGCGCCGCCGCAGCCCGGACCCGCGAGCUUGACCAAGAAUUAGGGAUUGGGCGGCGGUGGAGGUCGUUCUCCAUGGACUUCUCCAGGAAUUGGCCUAGGUACAGGAGAGACCUUAACGAGUUUCUGCAGACGCCCCUAGGCAGAGGACUCGCUACUAUUUUCUUCCUCUGGUUUGCAUUAUCUGGGUGGCUUUUCAGAAUUUUUAUUUUAGCCACAUGGGUAUUACCAUUUGCCGCUCCUCUUCUCAUUGGAACACUAGCCAACAACUUUGCUAUUCAGGGCACGUGUCCAGCUUGCAAGAGGCAAUUCGUGGGUUAUCGCAACCAGGUGAUUCGUUGCACAGGAUGUAGGAACAUCGUGUGGCAGCCAAGAGAUGACUUCUCGAGAGGUCGAAGCAGCUCUUCCCCGAAAGCAUCUGAGCCCGACAUCAUCGACAUUGACAUUGACAUCGAGGAGAAAUGAUGUAACAUGAGGUGAGGUAUGGUAUGGUCUUCGCGGACGAAGACGACUUGGUGCUUCUGGAGUAUAAAAUCUUGUGCUCGAUGUCGAGAUUGUAAAUAUGAUUUAAAUUUUGCUGUGCGCUAUACAAGAAGACACAACGGUGUUGGUA